UGUGCCCAUGCCUGGGUAGACAGUGUGACUCAGGGUGGGUGGAAAGUGCCCAUUGUUCAGGCCAGGGUUAUAAGCCAUCCCUGGGGCUCUUGGAGGGAGUCCUAAGUUUGUUCCCCACAACUAUGACAUGGGCUACAUGUGAAAGGAGAGCUCUUCAAAGGAGUACUGUAGUGCCACUCUGGAAGAGUUGAGGGACCUGGAGGCUGGGCAGACUGAAAACAAAGUAGCUGUACCUGUGAAACUCAUGACUCUUCUACAGCUAAUGUCUGGAUUUUGGCUACAGGUACAGUCUCUGCAAACCACAUUUGGGGCUUUCGAGUCUAUCCUGAGAAGCUCCCAACAUAAGCAAGACCUCACAGAGAAAGCAGUGAAACAGGGGGAGAGUGAGAUCAGCAGGAUCGGUGAAGUCCUGCAAAAACUCCAGAACGAGAUCCUCAAAGACCUCUCUGACGGCAUUCACGUGGUGAAGGAUGCGCGCGAGCGGGACUUCACGUCCCUGGAGAACACAGUGGAGGAAAGGCUGACGGAGCUCACCAAGUCCAUCAAUGACAACAUCGCCAUCUUCACUGAGGUCCAGAAGAGGAGCCAGAAGGAAAUAAAUGACGUGAAGGCGAAGGUCGCCUCUCUGGAAGAAUCCGAGGGGUACAAGCAGGACCUGAGAGCCCUGAAGGAUGCGGUGAAAGAGAUACAGACCUCCGCGGAGUCCAGGGAGAGGGACAUAGAGGCCCUGAGAAGCUCCCUGCAGACCAUGGAGUCUGAUGUCUACACCGAGGUCCGGGAGCUGGUGAGCCUCAAGCAGGAGCAGCAGGCGUUCAAGGAGGCGGCGGACUCGGAGCGCCUGGCCCUGCAGGCCCUCACCAAGAAGCUCCUGCAGUCCGAGGAGUCCACCUCCCGCCUCCCGGAGGAGAUCCGGAGGCUGGAGGAGGAGCUCCGCCAGCUGAAGGCCGAGUCCCACAGGCCGGAGGAAGACGGGUCCUCCAGAACCCCCGACGCCUUAGAUGCGCUCCAGAAAGAGAGUCGGGGUCUGGACUCCAGGCUCCAGAACUUAGAGGAUGAAGUCCAGUCCGUGCAAGUGGCUUCUGCUCGCCAGACCGAUAGCCUGGAGUCGCUCCUGACCAAGAGCCAGGAGUACGAGCAGCGCCUGGCUGCGCUGCAGGAGCACCUGGAAGGCCUGGGGUCCUCGUCCGAGGCAGACAAGGACAGCCUGGCUGGCACCGUGAGGAGCCUGGGGGAGGCCCAGCUGGCGCUCUACGGCGACGUGGAGGAGCUGAAGAGAAGCGUGGGCGAGCUCCCCAGCACCGUGGAAUCGCUGCAGAAGGUGCAAGAGCAGGUGCACGCGCUGCUCAGUCAGGACCGAGCCCAGGCCACGCGUCUGCCCCCUCAGGACUUCCUGGACAGACUCUCUUCUCUAGACAACCUGAAAUCCUCAGUGAGCCAGGUGGAGUCGGACUUGAAAAUGCUCAGGACUGCUGUGGACAGUUUGGUAGCCUACUCGGUCAAAAUCGAAACCAACGAGAACAACUUGGAAUCAGCCAAGGGUCUACUAGAUGACCUGAGAAAUGAUCUGGAUAGGUUGUUUGUGAAAGUUGAAAAGAUUCACGAAAAAAUCUAAGUGAAUUGUGUGUCCAGGGCGCGGAUUUAUAGUCCAUUUUCUCAUGACCAAAAAAAUGUGUUGUUUCCUCCCAUGUGCCCUCCCCGCAAGUUUUGCCCCGCACCCCCCCCCCCAAGAGCAGUGGACACCACCUGAACACCAAGGCAUUGCAUUCUGUGCCCAGUUAAUUUAUUUGCAAUUCUUACCACACACCAUUGGUUUCUUAAGUUCUCUGCUUCUGCUUUUGAUUGUUUCCUGAAGGCCCAGCCCGGGUGCACAAGAGGUGGCUUUUAAAAGGGAUGUGUCUGGUGUCAGAAAAAUGACAGUGGCUUCAAUUGAGGAUUAACAGAAGCAGAUUAACCUUCAAAUACCCUGUCUGGCUGGCAGAUUUCAAGUUAAAAAAAAAAAAGCGGGGAUGGGGCACGUUUCUUUCUAAUUGUCUUUAAGAAAAAUUACUUUUUUUAUACUUCUGGCUGAAGUUUUCAUGAGAUAUCUCUCACUUGUCUUCCACCUAAAACUGGUUAGGACUCAGAUGUAAUCUCCGAGUCAGGAGAGGGCAACGCCUUGUCUUCAUUUUAAAAGAAUCAGUUACUUGCGGGUUGCCUUUCUAGCGUGGGUGUCUUCCAUUCCUGAACCAUCUAAUGAUAUCAAAGGUAACUAUGCAAAGAAUCAGAUGGUUCUGAAUGCUCAAGCACACCACCCAGAGUCCUGGUGCCUGUCUGUCUCUGGUGGCCCACCUGCAUCCACACUUGGGCAGGUUACCGAAUAAUGCACAGGUUUAGAGUUCCAGAAAAGUGUCUUGGGGUCUUUCAGGAAAUGUGUUGAGAGCAGUCCACACAGUGGUGGGGUGUCUCCCUGGGGGAUGUAGGCCAGGUUUUUUUGUUUAACAGGAUGUCCUUGAGGAGGUCUGCUUUGGGAGCAGGCUCCAUCUGUCAGUGGGGAGCGUGUGCACUGCAUUUCUGUAAUUGUUUGCUGUACCCCUUCCCCUUUGAGCUGUAUUGUUCUUAAAUGGCUGUCUUGCCCUUCCAAAAGAAAAAAAAA